CCAGCAGUAAAAACCGAGCGAGAGGCAAGUGAAUGAAGUCAGCUGACCUCAGUCCGCUGUCACGCAUCUCACCGGAGCUCCCGUCGUCCCUCAGCCGAGUCGAGACGCCGAACCGCCGCUGCACCAUCACACGUUAGACGACUAAACCCGUGAAGAUGGACACGUCCAAGCUGCCCAAGAUCAGGGAUGAGGACAGAGAGAGCGAGUUUGGAUAUGUUCACGGAGUCUCUGGACCAGUGGUGACAGCCACAGCCAUGGCGGGAGCAGCCAUGUAUGAGCUGGUGCGUGUCGGCCACAGUGAGCUGGUGGGAGAGAUCAUCAGGUUGGAGGGAGACAUGGCGACCAUCCAGGUCUACGAGGAGACAUCUGGUGUGUCUGUUGGAGAUCCUGUGCUGCGGACGGGGAAGCCUCUAUCCGUCGAGCUGGGUCCAGGAAUCAUGGGGUCCAUCUUUGAUGGUAUCCAACGACCCCUGAAGGACAUCAAUGACAUGACACAGAGUAUCUACAUCCCCAGAGGCGUUAACAUCGGAGCCCUGAACCGAGACAUCAAGUGGGAGUUUACUCCCUGCAAGAGCUUGCGGGUUGGCAGUCACAUCACAGGGGGAGACAUCUAUGGCAAUGUGUUUGAGAACUCCCUCAUCAAGCACAAGAUCAUGCUGCCCCCCAAGAACAGAGGCACCGUGACUUACGUGGCUCCUCCUGGGAGCUAUGAUGUUACCGAUGUGGUGAUGGAGCUGGAGUUUGAGGGCGUGAAGGAGAAGUUCACCAUGGUGCAGGUGUGGCCUGUCAGACAAGUGCGGCCUGUCACAGAGAAGCUGCCUGCCAAUCACCCGCUGCUGACUGGACAGAGAGUUCUGGACGCCCUUUUCCCAUGUGUGCAAGGAGGUACCACAGCCAUCCCAGGAGCCUUUGGUUGUGGCAAGACUGUCAUCUCCCAGUCCCUGUCCAAGUACUCCAACAGUGAUGUCAUCGUUUACGUUGGCUGUGGGGAGCGUGGUAACGAGAUGUCAGAAGUACUGCGAGACUUCCCUGAGCUGACCAUGGAGGUGGGUGGGAAGACGGAGAGCAUCAUGAAAAGAACAGCACUGGUAGCCAACACCUCCAACAUGCCUGUAGCUGCCAGAGAAGCCUCCAUCUACACAGGAAUCACGCUGUCAGAGUACUUCAGAGACAUGGGAUACAACGUGAGCAUGAUGGCCGACUCCACCUCUCGUUGGGCCGAGGCUCUCAGGGAGAUUUCUGGCCGUCUGGCUGAGAUGCCUGCUGACAGUGGAUAUCCUGCCUACCUUGGUGCUCGUCUCGCCUCCUUCUAUGAGCGUGCCGGCAGGGUGAAGUGUCUGGGCAACCCUGAGAGAGAGGGCAGCGUCAGUAUCGUAGGAGCUGUUUCACCUCCUGGUGGUGACUUCUCUGACCCUGUCACUUCAGCCACACUCGGUAUUGUACAGGUGUUCUGGGGUCUGGAUAAGAAGCUGGCACAGAGGAAGCACUUCCCUUCUGUCAACUGGCUGAUCAGCUACAGCAAAUACACCCGAGCUCUCGACGAGUAUUACGACAAGCACUUCCCGGAAUUUGUGCCCCUGCGUACCAAGUCCAAGGAAAUCCUGCAGGAGGAGGAGGACCUGGCUGAGAUUGUGCAGCUCGUUGGAAAGGCUUCACUCGCAGAAACGGAUAAAAUCACACUGGAAGUGGCCAAACUGAUUAAAGACGACUUCUUGCAGCAGAACGGUUACACACCUUAUGACAGGUUCUGUCCCUUCUAUAAGACGGUGGGCAUUCUCUCCAACACAAUCGCUUUCUACGACAUGGCGCGGCACGCGGUGGAGACCACAGCUCAGAGCGACAACAAGAUCACCUGGGCCAUGAUCAAGGAGCACAUGGGAGAAAUCCUCUACAGGCUCAGCUCAAUGAAAUUCAAGGACCCAGUGAAGGACGGCGAGGUGAAGAUCAAGGCCGAGUACGCUCAGCUGUUGGAGGACAUGCAGAACAGCUUCCGUACAUUGGAGGAAUAGACUCCCGCCUUUGGAGACCUCUCCGAUUUUCAUCUCUGACCCCUCCACUGCAGAAUCACAUUCCGCCUCCUCGAACUCCCAGAACCUGUGUGUGCUCCCCCGUGCUCCCCUGAGGGUGAUUAUGUGCACAAUUGUAUGUGGAAGGAAACGAGAAAGUUGUACUGUAUUCAUUAUUCUUUGUAGCCUUGUAUAGGCUCACCCUGGAUCCUCUGCCUGGUCAAGGUCAUGUGUAUGUGUGUGUGUGUGGAUUUAAUGUGUUUGAAUGAGGGACCUCUUCGCCUUCUUUCCUCCUUCCUCUGUUGUUUACAUGAUUGCUGCCUGUGUAGCUGUGUUGCUCUUUCUGAAGAGGCGCGUUCAGUUGAUGUAAUGUAAUUCAUGGACCAUCUGUACAGAAGAGUAUUGAAUAUAAAUUUAAUAAGAUCAGUCUAUUUAUUGCCAGCAUUUUGACGUGAAGGCUUUGCUGUUCUCUCUUUUUUUGGGGGGGGGUUUGGUUUUUAUGGUUGUGUUUCAUGCUGUUCUGUGUUGUGUACUUUACUGUGUGAAUGUGUCGAACUCUGACGCUCUGCUGUUCAGUGCUUUCAUCGUGUUACUCCCAAAGAAUUAAAACAUGGGGCAAAAAGAA